UGUACUGGGCUUGUUUGCAUAGAGCUGGUUGCUUGUUUCUCUCGCGAGAUCUGGCAACAUCGGUUGUUUUCUGGUUGUGUGUGUUUUGACUUAAGUUUCGUUUCUGUACUUGCAGCGCGUUUGAUGCGUAUGCAGUUGUUUUGCCUAUUUGCAGCGCGUUUGUUUCUUUUGCAUACCUGAUGAGAUGUAAUAAAACUCCACCUCUACCGGACUCACCUGAGACAACCCGGACGAGACGCCAUGAAGGACUGACAUUAAAAUUCACGUUUAGAGCAAAACCAGACCGCUGUAGGCGGAAAUACUCGGAAUACCAGGAUACUGGGAAGAUCUGGACUUUUAAAAUUUAAAAAGAACGAAGAAUACAGAUAGAAGGAACUUUCAGUGACAGGGAGUGACUCCCAGCUGUUCGUCUGCUGCGUCUUCAGACUCUGAGAGGAAAUGGCGUCCAAGUUAGAGGAAGAUCUGAGCUGUCCUGUCUGCCUCGACAUCUUUAAAGAUCCAGUCAUGCUGUCCUGCUGUCACAGCUUCUGUAGAGUGUGUGUGCAGAAAUGCUGGAAGGAGAACGAGAGCCAGGAGUGUCCACUCUGUAAGAGGAGACAGUCAAAGGAAUGGUUACCUCCUAACUUUGCUUUAAAGAACCUGAGUGAGACUUUUCUGCAGGAGAGAGAUCAGAGCGCUUCAGAGGAUCUCUGCAGUCUGCACUCUGAGAAACUCAAACUCUUCUGUCUGGACCGUCAGGAGCCGGUGUGUCUCGUCUGCAGAGAUUCAGAAAAACACAGCAAACACACAUUCAGACCCAUCGAUGAAGCUGCUCGACAACACAAGAAGAAACUUCAGGAAACUUUGAAGCCGGUAAAGAAGAAGUUAAAUGAUUGUGAACGAGUUAAAGUGAAGAUUGAUCAAACAGCAGAACACAUUCAGGUCCAGGCCCGACACACAGAGAAGCAGAUUAAGGAGCAGUUUAAGAAGCUUCACCAGUUUCUAGAAGAGGAAGAGGAGGCCAGGCUGUGUGCACUGAGGGAGGAAGAGGAGCAGAAGAGUCAGAGGAUGAAGGAGGAGGUGGAGGCUCUGAGCAGAGAGAUAGCAGCUCUUUCACACACAGUCAGAGACACAGAGGACAAGCUGAGAGCUGCAGACGUCUCAUUCCUGAAAAACUACAAGGCUGCAGUGGAAAGAGUCCAGCAGCGCCCCCUGCUGGAGGAUCCACACCUCCCCUCAGGAGCUCUGAUAGAUGUGGCCAAACACCUGGGCAACCUGAGCUUCAACAUCUGGAACAAGAUGAAGGACAUGGUCUCCUACAGUCCUGUCAUUCUGGAUCCAAACACUGCUCGUUCAUACCUCACCCUGUCUGAAUAUCUGACCUGUGUGACACGAGGAGAGGAGCAGCAGCUUCCUGAUAACACAGAGAGGUUUGAUUAUUACAUGUCUGUCCUGGGCUCUGAGGGCUUUAACUCAGGGACUCACAGCUGGGACGUCCAGGUUGGAGACAGUACACGCUGGGGACUGGGUGUGUUAGCAGAGUCUGACAAGAGGAAGGGAGACAAACGGUCUGGAUUAUGGAGAAUAGGGUUAUAUGAUGGUGAAUAUGGAGCACGCUGCUUAUCACAUCCAGUCACUGAUCUCUCCAUGAAGAAGAAGCCUCAGAGGAUCAGAGUGAAUCUGGACUGUAACAGAGGAGAGCUGUCGUUCUCUGAUCCUGAUACUAACACACACAUACACACCUUCACACAGACUUUCACUGAGAGGAUGUUUCCAUACAUUAACACUGGCAAUGAAGUCAAGAUUUUACCGAAGAAGAUCUCUGUGACUGUGGAACAUCACUAAUACAUGAUAAAGAUGAUAUUGUUCUGAUGGUUUUGUCUGUGAUUCUUUUAGGAUUGUGUGACUGCGUUGUCAUGGCGAUGAUGAUGAUGAUGUUUUUGUUGAAUUAUUCCCUAUAACUUUGAUUAUUUCGACAGCAGGUAAAAACUCGAUCCUGAUUGGUCGGUUUGAAUCAUGUGAUGCUUAAAUGUGUUCCUCUCUGAUUCUUUUAGGAUUGUGUGACUGCGUUGUCAUGGCAAUGAUGAUGGUGAUGAUUACGAUAUUAUUCUUAUUGUUCGUCUGUGAUUCUUUUAGGAUAGUGUGACUGCGUUGUCAUGGCAAUGAUGAUGAUUACGAUAUUAUUCUUAUUGUUCGUCUGUGAUUCUUUUAGGAUAGUGUGACUGCGUUGUCAUGGUAAUGAUGUUUUUGUUAAAACAUUCUCUAUAACUUGGAGUUGGAGUUUAAUGUGCUGUCCUGUAUUGUGUUUUUAUGCUCUCGGUGAAAUUUCCCCCUCGAGGCAAUAAAGGUUUUCAUUCA